AUGACGAAUACCGCGAGGCCAUCGCCACAUAGUGCUAUCAUACUUUAUGGCCAGACUCGGCCAAGGUCAAACGAAAAACCAGACAGAGUUGACGCUGCAGUAGACAGUCCGGGAGCGCUGAGAGCUGAAACCACUGAAUCACUCCCAAGCACUGUAUUCGGAUGGGGAAAUGCUACUAUCCAUACUGUGACAAGUCUUGCUGAUGAUGUUUUAGAGGCGUUUGCACAAGCUCCCUAUGUUCAGAUCAUAGCAGGCCUCGUUCAACAAAUUCUCAAGCAUUUUGAAGUACCAAUACCGUUUCCCUGA